UGUAACUUCUGGGCCACCAGCAUCCUGUCCAAGCUGUCCAUAAAAGCCAGUGGUCAUGUCAACAAUGGGGAGCAGGCAGGGGGAGGCAGCGUGAAGGAGGAGCCCAGUGAUGUGAUGGUAUCUGCGGGGGAGGGCUGCGCCCUGGGGAGCUCCAGCUGGGGCUGUGAGAACGAGCCUCCGAGCGUUCCGGGGCCGGUGUUCGUCUGGAACGAGCCGGCUCCCGGGGCGGCGGCAGGCGGGCCGGUGGCGGUGAAGCGGGAAAAUCAGAAGGCGGAGCCGGGGAGCGGGCGGAGGAAAAAACAGAUCACACGGCGGUUCGUCUACAACAUCCCACCGGAGUCAGAGGAAGGGUUUGACGAGGGGAUGUUCGUCCAGCCCUCAGCCUCCUACCCCAGGGAGGACUUCUCCUUCCUCUCUGAGAAUGCCGAACUGGCCAAUCAGUUCCAAUACAGCCUCCUACAAGAGUCCCAGCAAGGGGAGUCCUGGGAGAAUGCAGCUGAGAGACACCUCCACCUCCCUCUUCAAAACAUUAUCACACACGGUACUCCAUCACUCUGUCCUCCAUCCUUUCUCUCUAUCUCUCUUUUUCUUUCUCUKGCUUUCUCUUUCUGUGUGUCCUCCAUCACUCUGUCCUCCAUCACUCUGUCCUCCACCCUUCCUCUCUGUAUAAGUCUCUCCCAUGACUUUAGCUGGAUUGGGGAAGUGUCAGUUUCAUAUUUCAGCCUUAAUUUAUUGUUUUCAACUUUUGUAUUUAUGAUUCCAGGAUCUUUCCAGGAGUUUCUCAGUUCCAUGUUUCCAAUAACUCUGACAGCACAUGAACACAGCAUUAACCCUUGUCCCUCUCUCUCGUCCCCCUCCCCAUCCCUACAGGUGCACAAGAAGGACAAAAAGUACAAGUGCAUGGUGUGCAAGAAGAUAUUCAUGCUGGCGGCCAGCGUGGGGAUCCGGCACGGCUCACGGCGCUACGGCGUGUGUGCGGACUGUGCUGACUCCCACCAGGCCACGCAGGGGGGCCUGGAGUCCCUGGAGGUGUUCGUCCGCGAGGAUGAUGACUUUGAGGGGGAGGAGCCUGACGAGGACAUGGCUGAGGAGGGGGAGGAGCCUAACGACAACGACCAAUCCAACUUGGAGGGUGACACUAGUGCCGCCCCAGAGGAUGACUAGCUCAGAUAGAAACAAACAAAAAAUAGUUAAAGAUUUUUUUACAUUUAAAUAAAGCUGGUAAACAAUCAACAACUCCAAAGUGCUAUCAAACCUUGAGGUUUCUUACACGGUUUAGUGUAUGAGACAAAGAGAGAAGCUUUGGUAGAGCAGGACUCCAAGAUGUACAGAUAUUCUAUGUGUCGCUCUGGGCCUAGUGCUCACUAGAGAAAAAUUAAAUAUUGAAAUCAGGUUUAUGGUGGUUUUGUUUUGGGGGGGAGGGGGUGUACAGCGUUUUUAGUUGCAAUAGACCAAUCAUCUUAAGAAAUAUUAUUUAAUUUAUGAAAGAAGUUUUUAUGGUCUUAUUCAAUUCUAUAAUUUUUUUCUGUUUUGUUGUAAAACUGCUAUCAAUGAGGUUCAGUUUCAGUUUUUGACUGUACUUUCUGUCAAAUCUGUAACUAUAUUGCUAGGUGCAUGUUUUUAGAAGGAAGGACGUCAAAGAAAGGGCAUUAUUUGCCGACAGGAAGAUUUUAUGUUUAGAUGACCUGAACAUUAUGAUUACUCUUCUAUCUUUUCCCUGCACAAAUCUUGGAACCAAAAAAAUCUGUUUUGUGACUAUUUUAUCACAGCCAUAUUUCUGAGUUGAAGUUAAGUGGGCUGUGUUAUUGUGCCAAGCAGAAAGCACACCAAGAUUUAUCAGGAAACAAAAAAAACUACUGAGAGAAAAAAAAGUUGAGCAGAGAAAAAUCAAAAAAAUAUUUAGAAAAAAAGAAGCGAAAGUACAAGAGGAAAUGUUAUUAGCUAGCUUUAUACAAAUCACAGCACCACACAGUAACACUUUAUAAAGCAUUUUGACAUUCACUUAAAGCUUGAAUUUUGCCAAAUGACAGAAAUGUUUGGUGCUGUAAUGUUUAUGUCGCGAAAUACUGGACCUACAGCUGUAUAUGAUGUUUAUAAUCAUAAAGCCUGAAAUGACUCAGUUAUAUAUAUAUAUAUUAAUCAGCUAUCUAUAGAACACUGUUGUGCUACGGCGCCUAUCAGGUAUGCUUUGCCAUUGUCUUUUUGUAUUUAAUGCACACACACGCUCACAUACCAUUUUGUAGAACUACCGGCAGUACUUGUAAACAUGAUGUAGGGACCUAAGUUAAAAAGAUACCUUUAUAUAUAUAUAUAUACGUGGUUUAUAUCAAGUAGUGAUAUAUGAUAGAUCAAUAUAUAUAUAUAUAUAUAUACUUUGAAUCACUUGAACGUUGGGUGUUUGGUAGUAUUUUAAAGAGUGCAGAUAUAUGAAGUCUGAAAGAGAAACUCCAUUUUGAAAAGUAGUAAUUUUUACAAUCAGUUUAUUUAAUUUGAUAGAAGUAUUUUUAUUUUGUCUGCCAGGUAGGAAAACACUUUGUUCGAUAUAAACUAAAGAUCUAUGAUGCGUAACAGACAUGCACUUACUACUAUUUUGCGUUCAUGAAAAUCAUUUUGUUUUUCAAUGUCUUUUCUUGCUUCCCCAAAGUGGGUCUGAAUGGAACUAUUUUCUCUUUUUCUUAGAUGUUUUGUUAUUUAAUAUUAUUAUAUUGGCUCCGAAAUGCAAUCAAGACUGUUAAUUUCUAUCUAUUUGUCCAAACAAAUUGUUUAUUAAUUAUUGUUGAGAUAGCCAGGUAAUCUCUACAGUAUGUAGAGACCUGCUUGUGUAUGUAAUUGUCAGAUAAAAAAAAAAAAAAAAAAAAAACACUUUACCCUAAAUGCAUAUAUAGUUUUAUUUGUCCUUUUAUAAUGUAUUUUCUUUUCCUUUUUUAUUUUAUUUAAUUAAGCACGUAUUUGAUAAGAAAUAUGGAUUGUUUGCAGGUUAAAACCUAGGAACAGCAGUUUGUCCAAAUGCAGUGGAUAUAUUGAAGUGCUAUAAUUAUACAGAAAUGUUUGAUCUCCCUGUACUCCAAAUGCAAAUGUAUUUUAAAGAAAGCUCCUAUAGAGAUAUCCUCAUCCAUGUUCGUAAAAUAUGAUUUACCUUCAAAUCACUGGGAGGGAUUUUAUAUAUGAAAAAAAAAAGAGAUUUAGCUAGUUUAUUUUACUUAAUGGAACACACUCAGCUGCAGUCGGCUUGUGUAACAUCUUGGCCUUGUGUUGUGUCAUACUGGGUCGCCUUCAGAAGGCACUGUACUUGUCCAAUAUAUAUAUAUAUUUUUUAAAUUUGUUUUAGUUUUCCAUUGCAACAUGUGUCGUUACGGUGUGCCCUAAUGAACACGUCCCUAACCUUCCACUCUAUCUGGUCACACUUGUGCUCGUCCAUCAAACUAUCCUGUUUCUCUUUUACUGUACAACGGAUGAUCUCAAGAUGGCGUAUUGUUUGAGAUGUUAUUAUGCUGUACUGUAAAGGACAAAUCAAGUAAAACACUACUACAGAAACAGGGUUUUUUUCUUUUUUCGGCUGUAUUUUUUUUUAACGAUGUUUUAAAUUGUUUAUUUUUCAACUCUUUCUUCAAACUACAGCGAUGCAAAACCAAUGGGCCUUUCCUGGGCUCAACCCUGAACACAAAACAAGUCAGGUUACUCUUUUUACAUUUUUUUCUCAAGGUUUUCAAAAAUGAAUUACAUUCUCCUUUUUCUGUUUCAAUUGUACUACUGUUCCUCUAUAAUACAUAUUCAAAAUAAAACGCUUAAACUUGA